AUGAGAACCGCUUGGCUACAGCUAGACGAGGUACUGCGCCAGAAACUAUGGCCGCGGAUGAUGCUGGCAGCCUUGGAUUCCAGCUCAGCCGUCUUCUCGGCCUUUGUGCAAGCCACCUACGAUCCUUCAUGGUCUCCGAUAUAUGUCGUGGAAGAUAUUGUGCGCCUGAUCAUGCUUCGAGUCAGGCUUUUCGGUUCAGCUGAGCAAGCAGCUGAGAAGCAAGAACUGGUGGACACUGCCGUGUUCCUGCUCCAGCUUGUUCCACCCAAAAAUUUGGCGCUAGAGCAAGAUAUCAUAGGCAGGAUCGUAUCCUUAUCGACUAUUGACAGAGCUACGGAUCUGUUCAACUAUCUCGAGACGCACGAUUACCGCUUUAAUUCACAAACACUCCUGCAAUUUGCCAGCCGCUUUGCCAAGAGCAAUGAACACAAAGUCAUCGCUGCGGAGAACUUAUGUUAUGCGGCGAGACACCGAGAUUUCGAUAUCAAUUCUCCUUCUGCUGCGAGCGUCUGUACCUCUUUGCUCACCAUAGAGAAGGGACAUCCGUUUCCCGAUGGUGCGGCUGCACCAGAUGAGCUGUUCAAGAUUCUCUUAGAGGCUGGCUUCCAACCCAAUCUCUUCACUAUGACAGCCUUGAUGAGGAACUUCUGCGUUCGCGGCCAUCUCAAGACAGCGUGGACCAUCUUUGACCUUCUACUUGAACGUGGAAUCGAGCCAGAUGCACAUGUCUAUUCGAUCCUGCUCAAGGCAUCCAAAAAGGAACUCGAUAUUUCAUCCAUCCGACUGAUCAUGUCCACAGUUCACUCCAAAAAAUUGUGGAGUCCAAUCAUACUAAACGACUUCCUCGACAUUCUCUACAUGCACAAGGAACGUAUGGCUGAACCCAACAGCGAAGGCAUCUUCCCCUUUGGUAGACGGCAACGCAAAACGAAUAACGCAUUUCGACCAAUGUUACAGGUCUAUGCCAAGUUUUUCCGACUGGCCCCUUUGCAGAAAUUUUGGCCCUUUCCCCUCGAGGACAGACUGAGCUGGAUGGGCGCAGAACCUGGCCAGAAGUUUGCGACACCGAUUACCGAGUUGGCGGCUGCCUUGAUGCCACAACCAGACCAUUUGUUGAUAGAGCCGGAUACUAUUACACUGACACUCAUGUUGGCAGCCAACAUACGAUCUUUGGAUCAGCCAGACGCAAUGCUCCGCACGUAUAACCGAUUCUUGAAUAUGCUCGAUGCUAGGGACCCGCUUGCCCUGCAACUCAUUGAGAGACACGGCACCCUCGUCUACGACAUAUUUUUAAGAGGCUUGCUUCAGUUUCGAAAAUGCCUUGAUCCUGCCGUUCGACUUGUCAAACGUAUGCUGCAGUUGUCCAAAGAUGAACAUCUAGAACACGGCAAGAUAAUUCGACACCCACCCCCGUCAGUUCAUACCUGGACUAUCAUGGUGAAUGGCUUCAAAAACCACAAGCUGCCCCAUGGUGCAGUGUCCAUGAUCCGGCUGAUGAUGACUCACGGCAUGCAGCCAAAUUUACAUACGUGGAAUGCACUUAUUGCCGCCUUUGCGAGAGCUGGAAAUGCCAGAGGCGCCGUCAAGGCCAUGCGUUACCUGGAAGCUUCCGGCUUGCAGCCAGAUCAACACACUCUUGACGCCUUUGGGCAUCUGCGAAGGCGAGCCAGGCAACAUGCGGUGGCGCUUUUGGAAGCUUCGAGGAAGGAGCCCGUCGAGCCUGACAAAUUGUUGUUGCAGUUGUCUUUGAGCGCCAAACAGGACCCAGAGGAGAAGAAACUAGGCUUUCGCAAGCAGCCUCAAUUUGAAACGGAUCGACCCAUUACAAAGUUGCCUCCGCUAGGCGAAGCACAGCAGCUUGCGGAAUGGGACAGAGAAACGACUCAACGAGAUUUGUCGAGACGACUCCAGUUUAAUCCUAGGAUUCGCAAACUGGGGCUUAAUGACAACUUACCCCUUGGGGAAGCGGGAGUUUAUCCCAAACCACCACCGCGGACUCACGCGGCAAGACAUUUAAAACUAGAUCGCGAGGCUGCAUAUAGCGCGGAAGACAUAGAAUCAUGA